GGUAUUCUAGGUAAUGAUGGGCGACACUACAUUCUGGAUCUGUUGAGAACAUUUCCCCCUGAUGUGAACUUCCUUAUCUUGGAUGGUGAAGAACUUAGUAAAGAAGCCAAAGCUCUAGGAUUUCCUCGGGAACACAAACACAAACUAUGCUGUUUACGUCAGGAACUUGUUGAUGCCUUUGUUGAAGCUAGAUAUGUGAUGUUUAUCAAGCUUGCUGCCUACCACCUUCAACAACUUGGACUGAAAAACUUAGUCAAAGACAAGGGACUGGACAAAAUUGAGAAAGAAAAGGAGAAGGCAGCAGAAGAAAUGAAAGAAGAUGAACAAAAGGAUCUCAAAGACAGUAAAGAAAAUGACAAAGAAGACAGCAAGGAGAAAGAAAAGAUAUCCUCGCAUGAAAUCCAGUUACCAGAAAGCUUGAAAGGAGUUGGAAAACUGAAAAGCUUAGAAGCUGCCUUUGCCCAGCAUGAUCUUAGCAAAGAUAACUCUUCUGAAACAGAUGAGUACAAAAAGAUUGCUGAAUCAAUAGCCAACGGAGAAAAAACUGAAAUUGAUAACACAAAAGAGAUUAUCAAGAAAGCUGCUCUAGCAGUUGGAUCUUUGAAAGAAUCGGAGUUUGAUAUUCGUUUUAAUCCGGAUGUAUACUCCCCUGGGGUUCAGCAUCCUGAAACUGAGAAAGAAAAACUUCGGAAGGAACGACAGCUAGUCAACGAUGCUGCUGAUUUCUUACUUACAGUCCAAAUUCCUGGUUUUAUCAGGGACUGUUUAGAACAUUCGGCUUCACCAAUUGAUGGGGUAACAUUAACAGAGGCUUUGCAUAGCAGGGGUAUCAAUAUUCGGUAUCUGGGCAAAAUAGCAGAAUUGUUGGCUAAGAUUCCUGAACUGCAAUAUGUUUAUGCAAUUACGGUUCAAGAGCUCAUCUCCCGAGCAGCUAAACAUCAAUUUACAAUGUAUCUACAGUGUGUAGAGAUGAUGAGUCUUGCAGCAGCAAUAAGCCACUUCUUAAAUUGUUUUCUGUCAUCUUGUCUGACUCUUCCAACUCCAGUUGGUGCUGAAGAGCUUCAGAUCAGAACAUCAAGAAGAAAAGGAAAGCGAAAGAACAAGCAGAAUCCACUUCUUAUUCAAGAUAACAAUGAAUGGGCUACACUGACUCCUCGUUCCUUCUGGAGUAGCCUAAAAGCAGAACUUUUAUCGUACUACAACUGGACACUUGAGAUGGAGUCUGUAGAUGCAUUUGUUGAACACUAUGGCAUCCAGAAAGUCUCGCUUCUUCGUUCCUUCUGCAUGAAAACUGGUAUCCAGAUUCUUUUGAAGGAGUACAACUUAGAUAAUCGUGGUCGAUCAGCAUUCACUGAAGAUGAUAUUUUGAAUGUGUUUCCUGUGGUUAAGCAUAUCAAUCCAAGGGCUACAGAUGCUUACAACUUUUGCACAACAGGCCAGAACAAGAUCCAGCAGGGAUUCUUGAAAGAAGGAUACGAGUUAAUCAGUGAAGCUCUAAACCUACUUAAUAACGUUUAUGGGGCCAUGCACCCAGAAAUAGCACAGUGCCUUAGAAUGCUAGCCAGACUUAAUUAUAUUAUGGGGGACCACACAGAGGCAAUGGCAUACCAACAAAAAGCUGUCCUAAUGAGUGAAAGAGUGAAUGGCAUUGACCAUCCUUAUACUAUUACUGAAUAUACUCACCUAGCUCUCUACUGCUUUGCUAAUUCCCAAGUGAGCACUGCUUUAAAACUGCUAUAUCGUGCUCGAUAUCUGGCUCUGCUGGUUUGUGGCGAAAACCACCCAGAAGUUGCAGUAUUGGAUAGCAAUAUUGGUCUCAUACUUCAUGCUGUGGGAGAGUAUGAUCUUUCAUUGAGAUUUCUGGAAAAUGCACUUAAAUUAAAUAGCAAAUAUAAUGGCAGUAAGAGUCUGAAAGUUGCUGUUAGUUACCACCUGGUGGCUCGCACACAGUCCUGCAUGGGAGACUUUAGGGCUGCCUUGCAGAAUGAGAAAGAAACAUUUUCAAUAUAUAAACAGCAGCUGGGAGAAGACCAUGAGAAAACCAAAGAGAGCUCAGAAUGUUUACGACAUCUUACCCAGCAAGCGGUUGUUUUACAAAAGAAGAUGAAUGAGAUCUACAAGGGUAACUCUGGAGCAGUAUUGCCACCGAUUCAGAUUCAACCACCUUCAAUGAGUAACGUCCUUGACAUGCUUAACAUCAUCAAUGGCAUACUGUUUGUUCAGAUAAGCCAGCAAGACAUUGAACACUUCAAAGCUGAGUUUGAGCGUCGCCAACAGAAGGAAAUAAUAUCGGGUAAGGUAGAAAAAGAGGAUUCUCUCAGUCCUUCUCCUACUCCUGCAACCCCCGAGACUGAAGUUGAGGCUAACAAAAAAGAUCCAGCCAGCCGAUAAUUAUUACAAUCUGUAGGAGGACAUCUUGUUUCUGUUUGUAGCUUAAAAGGAGGGUGUCCUGUCCCUGGAAUGUCUUUCUAUGCUUUAGAGGGUGUUGUUACUGAGCAGGUUUUGUCAAAACAUAGAAGAAUUCAGUCAUAAAAUUGUAAUAACUGAUGUAGUGGUUUCUUGUGGACUUGUACGGGCCUGCUGCCUGUUGUAGGAUCAGUGUGGGGGAGACUUGGUGCUAUAUUUUUCUGGCUAUACUGCAUAGCUACCAGAGAGUUUUAAACAUGGAGUAAACAUUCAACUCAGCAGCUGUCCUGGUUCAAGUGUAUGAUGUACCUAGUUUAGAGAACACCUUUUAAUGUAUUAAUUGGUUGAAUCUGUGUGAUAACAAAAUUAAAACUGGGGUUAUGGUGUUAUUCAUCCAGGUGUCUUAUCUGUGUGGUAUAAAGCCAAAUCCCACCUGAAAAUGAUGGUUUACGUGUUUAUUGUUACUGAGGGUGUACAGAAGCUAUUCCUGGGUUCCUUUUCUGUUCCAUGAAAAACAAAUUUGCAAAGAUCAACUUUUAGAUUAAGUUUGAACUACUUGCUAGGUUGAAAAAUAUCUGUGUCAAUAAGAUAUAAAUUGUUGGUUCAUAUUCAGUAUUCUGUGAGUUUAGAUUUUCUAGAAAUUUGUCAUUAUCUCAUACGAAACUAUUAAUUCAUGCAAAAGUUUAAAGCAUCAGUUUGGGAGUUGUGAAAUAUUCAGAAAGGGAAUUCAGGCAACUUUUUUUUUUGUUGAAUAAUACAUAAAAUCUAAUUUUAGCAAAAUGUACAAAGGUAUCUCUUCUAAGUGCAUGAACUGCGGGUCAAUUCUGACCACUUUGUACUCUUGACUGGUGGUCAUUGUGUUUAGGAAAGAGGGUAUAGACUGAUGGUCAUGUAGUAGUGUAUACGUACGGAAACUAAGUAAUUAGAUCAAGCUUUUUUUUUUUAGUAAUCGGUACUAGUAUUGUUAUAAUCAAGAAUUAGUAGAGAUGAAAAUAGUUACUAUAUUCAUGCAAUUUGAUAAACCUCGUGGAGGUUAAUUCAUGUGACAGCAUUUCUUCUUUUUUGUUUUUUUAUUCUCAUACAUAUAUUGUUUAUUAGUUCGGAAUUUCCAUAGUGGUUUGUUACAAAGUAAAAAUUCACUAACUCGUAUCGUACAGUAUUGUUUCAUAUGUGAAAGUUUUCCUAAUUUAAAUUAAGUUUCAUAGAUUGCUCAAAUUUGUAUUUGCAUUAGUUAACUGUUAAUUGUAUUAGAUAAGAUACUUUCAUCGUAUUAGUUCUCUGUAUGUCAACUUCCAAUAAAUACAUACUAGAUUAAAAUUAGAUGAAUUGGCGUAUCAUCUGAAUUGUUAAUGCAUCUGUAAAAAGUUUAAAACAUAAUAAGCACAUGUAAUUGUCAUUUAAAUGUGUGUGUGUGUAUAUACAUACACACAAAUCACUUUCACAUAGUUAUGGCACUAUAUGAUAGAUUACUACAACUGAGGACACAAAACAAAAUUCGAUACGUUAUUUCACAUUUCUGUUGAAUUUCGUCAAUUUUCUGUAGAUGUAGAUGAGUUUUUCAAGUAUGUGUAAACAGUCAUUAUCCAGAUUUUUUUUUUGUUUUAACAGAUAUUGUAUACAGUUAGCUGUUGGAGUGCAAUACCAUUCUAAUAUUUGUUUGGAGUUCUUGGUUACUAAUUGUGGCAUGCUUCUGCUUUUGUUUUGAAAAAAGACAGAAAAUGAUUGUUAACAUUUUGGGACAAAUUGUACAAUGCAAUUAUAAUAACAGUAGAUCCUAGGAGGGUGAGUGUUUGUGAUGGCUAGUCAGUUGUAUCUCACCUUCAUCUAUCAAUAAUCAAAACCUGUAGAACAACUUGAAAUAGUUAAGUUUUGAAAUAUUGAAUGCCUUUAGUAUAUUUUUGGGGUUAGUCUGCAGUGAGAUGUCGUUUCUAAAGAUGUAGUGGUAUAUUGUUUCCAACAUAGAUUAAAGUUUAUAUGUGAGUUUUGUUUAUUAAACUAUAUGUAUACUUGAGGAACUUGUCAUAUCUAGAAUGUGAUUAGCUAUAUUUUAAUGAGUAUUUCCUCCUUAACAAACUAAGGUAUAGUUUGCCCACACAUCUCUUAUUCCAUUACGACGAUUUACAACCAAUUACAGUAAACCAUGAGAUUUAAAGAUUGUUAUCCAUGCAUGUAUUAUGUACUGCUCAAAAACUGUACCUGUUUGUGUAGCACAGCUAGAGGAAUGUGAAACACUUGCAUACCCUAUAAUAAACGAUAAACUGUCAGCUCAUGUAUUGUAAUACCACUGUAUUGAAGUCUGGUUUGUUUAAGCAAAAAUUACAAUAAUCUAAGCAGUUACACUUUACAGCUAUAAAAUUCUGUAUAAUAACUGUUAGAGAAAUAGAAAUAUUAGAAAUGUAGUUUUUGAAUGAAUAUAGGUAAACCUCCACUUUUUGUUUUCCCCCCCACAAAGAAAAUUUCCUGUAAUAAGUAAUGUUAAAUGAAGUGGAGCAUUUGAUGCACUAUGAACCUAUUAGAAUAUAUAUAGUAUAUGAAUUCUGGGUUUAAUAUUCUAGUUAUUGUACAGACUUUUGUAUAUUUUGUAGAAGUAUAUAAUAUCUUUGGUUUGGCCAUUUCCUUGUGUUUUUUCUUACUGUGCAUUAAAAUACUUUUAUAAGCAAAAAAGAGGAAAACUCCGUCAGAAUUACAGGAACAGUGAAGAUGAAAGAUUGCAUUAGAGUAUUUGAUCAUAUCUUCUGUCAUGUAGUAGUUUUGUAUGAAUAUUUUUUGUACAUUAAAUAAGUAUUAAAUAGCAAUAACAAUUCUAUUUUGGCUAUAAACUUCUGUGAAAAUACAGCUGGAUAGUUUAUAUAAAAUCAUUUCGUAUUUCAGCAAUUUUUUUCAGUUAUAAUGUUCUUUCUAACCCUAACACUCUAUAUUCAUUUUUUUCCCCAUGUUUCAAUAGUUGUGUAUUUAAUAAGCCUAAAACACAUUUUUUUAAUACAUGUCAUAGAUGUUUUGUCAAGGGUAACAACAGUGAAUUAUUGAUUUAAAAAAAAAUGCCCAAUAAAUAAACUUUCCGAUAACUAUUUCCACAGUCACUAUGGUGUACACUUUGUAAACCUAGUUACUGGUGGAAAAUAUCGUUACAGAUUGUUUUCAUAGCAUUAUGCAUAUACAGGUGGUUGUAAAUAUAUGUCGUUAAAAAAUAUAGUUUUAAGGAAAUUUGAAAUCCUGCUUCUCUGUGAAAACUUGGUAUUGAAGUUACAGCAAGCUUAUAUUAGCUGGUAAUAUAGGUAAGUUUUUUUUUUUUUUAGUUUGAAGUGACAACAAUGUUUUACUGCUAACAAAUUAAGAUUAUCUAAAAGGUAAAAUGAAACUAUGUUUGUGUUAUGAAGUUCCUAACUAUCUUUAUAAAUCUAUAUUAUGACAACUUAAAUAAUACAGCAUAAUUGCAUUAUACAAAUGACUAGAGAGAGAUUCUUCUGGUAUACCAGCAUCUCUUGUUUAGAGCAAUUAUUGCAUUCCUGAAAAAUGCUGUGCUAAAUUAAAACACACUAAAUAAAAAUCAAUUUCCCAUGUAAAGGGGGAUGGAUUCCUGACCGAAAACUUUCUGGUCGUAUAAACUUUUAUUAAACGUGUUUUAUAGAAUUAAUUAGAUACUCGAACAUUAAAAGAGUUAUAUGAAACAUUACAUAAACCUGAAAAUAAGAGCAUACCAGUAUUUAGAUCAUAAAGUAAUGUAGUUUGAUGCUUCAAACUUUACACUAAUUACUUUAUUUCACAGCAGUUUUUUUUAAUAACUGUUAUCACAUCGCAUUAGAUGCUGCUUAGCACAUUAAAAUGUAAAGAAACUGAUGUGCUAUCCAGUGACAAAUUUUAGAAACAUUCUGCAGCGGGAGGAGAUGAAGAUGAUUUUUGCCUAGCAGGCCAUGAUUAGGGUUAAAUUUUCCUUGUUUAUUAAUUACAAUUACUUCAUAAUAGCUGUUAUUUACACUGAAUAAUGCUUUAAAUAUAUGGUAUACUGUGAUAUACUUAAUUUUGAAAUAAGCACAAUUAAU